AUGGCGCCGCAUCGAGACAUUGAGCUCAACGCCUUCAACAAUCUCGAAAUCAAGGAGGAGUCGCUCACUCACGGCAGCUCCUACAGCAUGCGCGAGCCCGACUACCAAGACCGGCCGCCUCCGCGAUUCCACCGCUUCAUCGACAGCUUCAAGCCCGACACCGACACCACCUUCUUCCCGAGCGACCAUCUCAGCCAAGUCAACAGUUCCAGUGCCACAGCCCGCAGCCAUGGCACCUACUACUACGACUUGCAUCUCGCCGCCGUCGAGUCCGCCAACACGGGCCUCGCGCGCAAGCUCAAGGGUAGGCACCUGCAGAUGAUUGCCAUCGGAGGCUCAAUAGGUACCGGCCUGUUUGUUGCAUCGGGCAAGGCUCUGCAAGACGGAGGGCCCGCAUCGUUGCUCAUCGCCUUCAUGAUCGUUGGCUCCAUGCUGUACUGCACAUGUCAGGCCCUCGGAGAACUGGCCGUCAUCUUCCCCAUCGCCGGAUCAUUCUCCUCGUGGGCCACGCGGUUCCUCGACCCCUCAUGGGGAUUUGCCAUGGGUUGGAAUUAUGCAUUACAAUGGCUGGCUGUUUUGCCACUGGAAAUCAUCGCGGCAUCCCUGACCAUUCGCUACUGGACGGAUAAGCUGCCUAGCGCUAUAUUCGUGACCCUAUUCCUCAUCGCUAUCCUGCUCAUCAACCUAUUCGGCGUGAAAGGAUAUGGCGAAGCCGAGUUUACCUUCUCCAUUAUCAAAGUCAUUGCCGUCAUCGGCUUCAUUCUUCUCGGCAUCGUACUCAACUGCGGAGGGACGCCGGAUCGUGGCUACAUCGGCGGCGAAUACUGGCACAAUCCCGGCGCAUUUCACAACGGCUUCGAAGGGCUGUGCAGUGUGUUCGUGACUGCUGCUUUCGCCUUCACGGGCACAGAGCUUGUCGGGCUUGCAGCUGCCGAGACCGCCAAUCCUAGAAAAUCUUUGCCGACAGCCAUUAAGCAGGUGUUUUGGAGAAUCACGCUCUUCUACAUCGUGGCCCUCACGCUUGUGGGCCUGCUGGUACCUUACAACGACCCCCGACUCCUCGACGCCACAAACAGUGCCGACGCCAAGGCAUCGCCUUUUGUCAUCGCCAUCGAGGAAGCGGGAAUACAGGUUCUCCCGUCGGUCAUGAACUCGGUCAUCCUCAUCGCCGUGUUGUCGGUGGGCAACUCGGCAGUGUUUGGAUCCUCGCGGACGCUCGUCGCUCUCGCCAAAAUGAGGCAGGCGCCCAAGAUCUUGGGCUACGUGGACAAGCGCGGACGACCGCUUGUAGCCAUCGUCGUGGCUGCCGCAUUGGGCCUGCUCGCAUAUCUCGCCGACCUCAGGCACCAGAAUAACGUGCUCGACUGGCUUCUCGCCAUAUCGGGUCUCUCGACGGUGUUCACCUGGGCGUCCAUCUGCCUGUGUCACAUUCGCUUCCGCCGCGCGUGGGCGUACCAUGGACGCAGCCUCAGCUCGAUACCCUUCAACUCGCAAGUCGGUGUCCUGGGCUCGUAUGUCGGCUUGACGCUCAACGUUCUGGUCCUCAUCGCUCAGUUUUGGGUCGGCGCAUUCCCGAUCGGGUGGCGCGAAAUGGCGGCGACGGACGUGGCGCGGAACUUCUUCCUCAAGUACAUGGGCGUGCCCAUCAUCUUCCUUUUCUACAUCUCUCACAAAAUCCUUUUCCAUACCCGAUACGUCAAAGUGCGGGAGAUGGACGUCGAUACCGGCCGACGCGACUUUAACCUGCCCAUCCUAGUGGCACAAGAGCAGGAGGAGAAGGCGUCGUGGCCCACGUGGAAGAAGUUUUACAAGUUUAUCUGUUAA